AUGUCCAAAGUCAGUGGCACGAACCGUAUGACGGUGACCGGGCGCAACACUAUUGUGACGGACUCCACUGCGAUGCCAGGCAGUUUGAUGAGUAUCGAGAUCCGCUUGGACCAGUUGUCGAAGAAGAUGGAUGCAUGCUUGGAGGAAGUUAGGCACGUGACGCGCGAGAAGCGGCCAUCCUCCAGGACAUCCCCGAAGCCGACCUUGCCCACAUCACGUUUGCUACAAGAUCGACAGGAUCGAGAAGAGUCGGGUCCGCGGAUCAGCCUGGCCAGCGCCAUCUCAGAACAGCCGGGCUACAUGAGCAGCCAUGUCAAUGUGCGAAACUUGGACAUGCAACAUGCUUUUAAGAGCUACGCCAAGGACAUCUCAAAGGAUUUGGCCGAGCUGGACAAUCGAAAAUCACUUUAUCAAUUAAGUGAGGAGGAUGAGAAGUUCAAGACCAUCUUGAGGCCUUUUCGACGCACCCGGCUGGACCUGAUCUGGGAAACCUUGGAUGAUCACAACAGCUCCAAAUCAGCAUGGUGGAUUUCACAACUACAGAGCUUGCUGGUGAUUGCCACAGUGGUCUUCGGCACUUUAGAGGUCACCGAAGACCAAUUGCUGGACCCUGUGACCGUGGCGAUUGUGGAGACCAUCUUUGACUCGAUCUUCUGCUUGGAGUUCCUCUUUCGCAUCAUCUCCGCACCCUCCAGGUGUACGUACUUUGCAGAUGUUGUGAAUUGGGCAGACAUGGUGUGCGUCCUUGGACUUCCACUACGAGCAAGCAUUGGCUUCGUCUUUCAGAGCCCACCCGCUUCGGGUGCAGAAGAGGUCAUUCAAGUCCUACUCAUUUUUGUUCUUCCCUUGUUCCGAUUUCUCAAACUACUGCGGUACUUUGAGAUCAGCAGGCUUUUGGUCGAUGCGUGUGUGAAGUCAGCCGAAGCAGUGCCAGUCCUUUCUUACAUGAUGACUCUCAUCGUGUUGGUCUCAGCGACUUUCAUCUAUUUGUUCGAGGAGAAGAGCAACAUCCCAAGCAUGCCCCAUGCCUUGUGGCUGGCCGUUGUAACCAUGACCACGGUCGGCUAUGGCGACUUCUUCCCAACAUCAGUGGGAGGCUAUUUGACGGUCUCAGUGCUCACCUUCAUCAGCGUGGUCUUCUUGGCGCUGCCCGUGGGCAUCGUCGGCCACGAGUUCAACAAAUCGUGGCAAAGUCGAGCCCACAUGCUGUUGAUGACCCGAGUCCGGAAAUGCCUCAACAAGUGGGGCUUCAAUGCUGGUGAUGUGCAGAUGUUGAUUCAAUAUGCAGAUGUCGAUGGUGAUGGCCAGUUGACCUUGGGUGAGUUUGUGGAGCUGAUUCGACAGAUGCGAAUUGGCGUCAGCAGUGAAGCAGCCGCCGAGCUUUUCACGUUGCUGGAUGUCGACUACAACGGCUACGUGGACAGUGAGGAGUUCCUACGGAACGUGUUCCCAGAUGAGUAUGUGAAGGAGAUCCAGCGUGCCCAAUUCUUAGCCUUGCCCGAAUGCAAGAAGCAGAUUCAUAGUGCUCUUGUUCGUUUAGACUCUCUCCGCUCCGCAGUGGGCGAUCCGGCGACAGGGAGACCCAUGACGUUUCACACCCCAAUCGACAGCGAGGAGGACACAAAUUCCAAGAGAUCCUUUAAGGAAGAACCCUUGGAAGAGCCAGAAAAGCUGUUCCACGAACCUUUGUGA